AUACUAAGGCUGCAAUUGAGCCAGAGCUAUAUGUAUCUAGUCAUCAUACCUGUGAUUGUAACCCAUGUGGAAAUGACAUUAAAAACGUCACGCUAGACAUUGAAGAUUUGCAGAAGCAAAUUAGUUCUAUUAACAAUGUUAUUGAUUCUACAAAUGGCAUUAUAGAGUCAAUCAGUGAAAUUUUGCUUCCCGGUGAUGACGGUGGUCUUACUCAUGAUCGUAGAACUGAGGCUACG